AGCUACGUUACGUGUACGCCGUUUCCAUGGUAAUACGUCAUUAGCACUCGACCAAACACAGGGGAGGCGCGAGAUGAAAGAAGCGUUCAAAACUAUUUACACAAAGUAGUUUCAAUGGAGAGUUAUGGACAAAUGUUAACGUUACAUAUGACUUAAAUCCGCCCUAUAGAGGGGUCUGCGUGUGGCUGCCGCCAUGACACAGUCAGUUGUUGUCCAAGUUGGUCAGUGUGGGAACCAGGUUGGCUGCAGGUUUUGGGAUCUUGCCUUGCGAGAACAUGCCCACGUCAAUAAAAAAGGAUUGUACGAUGAGGCCCUCAGUAGCUUUUUCCGAAAUGUGGACUCAAGGGAAAGUGAUGGGGGAGCCCACGUUGUUGGUGGGAGAAUCCAACAUCUGAAGGCCAGGGCAGUGCUGGUGGACAUGGAGGAGGGUGUGGUCAAUGAGAUCCUGCAGGGCCCAUUGAGAGAAAUGUUCGACAGCACUCAGCUCCUCACAGACGUGUCAGGUUCAGGCAACAACUGGGCAGUUGGACACAUGACGUAUGGCUCAGCCUACAGGGAGCAGAUAGUAGAUAAGCUGCGGAAGGCAGCAGAACACUGUGACUGUCUGCAGUGCUUCUUUCUCAUUCACUCUAUGGGAGGAGGUACGGGCUCUGGCCUGGGGACCAGAGUGCUGAGCCUGCUGGAGGAGGAGUUUCCUGAGGUGUGUCGAAUUGUCACCUCCAUCUAUCCGUCUGCGGAGGAUGAUGUCAUCACCUCUCCCUACAACAGCGUCCUGGCCAUGAGGGAGCUCACAGAGCACGGCGACUGUGUCCUCCCUGUUGAAAACCAAUCGUUGGUCAACAUUGUGGACAAGAUUAAACAUAUGUCUCACAGUGGAAAGCCAGGGUCGGCGGUCAAGAGAGACAGCACCAUCAUCUCUGGGCAGGGCGGGCUCAGUGGGGCAGAGAAGCCCUUUGAUGCCAUGAAUAACAUUGUGGCUAACCUGUUGCUCAAUAUUACCAGCUCCGCUCGUUUUGAGGGCUCUCUCAACAUGGAUCUGAACGAGAUUGCAAUGAACCUGGUCCCCUUCCCCCGUCUACACUACCUGGUGCCCAGCCUCACCCCCCUCUACACACUGGCAGAUGUCUGUGUCCCCACCAGAAGACUGGAUCAGAUGUUCAGCGAUGCCUUCAGUAAAGACCACCAGCUAAUCCAAGCUGACCCGAAGCACAGCCUCUACCUGGCCUGCGCCCUCAUGGUCAGGGGCAACGUGCAGGUGUCUGACCUGCGCAGGAACAUCGAGAGACUUAAGCCUGUGCUCCCCUUUGUCUCGUGGAACCAGGAAGGCUGGAAGACGGGCCUGUGUUCAGUGCCUCCCGUAGGUCACUCCCACGCCCUGUUAGCCCUGGCCAACAACACUUGUGUGAAGCUCACAUUCAUGGAGCUGAGAGAACGCUUCAUCAAGCUCUACAGGAAGAAGGCUCACUUACACCACUACCUGCAUGUAGACGGGAUGGAGCAGAGCUGCUUCUCAGAGGCCAUCAGCUCUCUCAGCUCACUGAUCGAAGAGUACCAACAUCUAGAUGCCACCAAGGGGACACUCAUGCCAGACGCACCCAGACUCCGCAUUGCCAGAUGAAGGUCUGCGCUGUUGUAUAUCGUGUAGAUGUCUGUCUGUCUGUCUCGUUGUAAAAUAACUGUGUCCGUGCUAAGUUCUUUCAGAAUAUCUUUUUAAAUACAAAUAUAAAUGAUGUUUUCAGUUAAGUUAAUGGUGUAAAACGGAAGUGUAACUUCUUUCCUCUCUAACAGAAUAUCAUUUUAACCAUUUACUUUAGCUUUGUCUUUCCAAGAGUCAGCAAAAGGAAGAUAAUUAGGAAGUGAAUUAGUGACGCGCUACCGUUGGCCAUACGCAGACACCCCCUGUCCUCGCUGUAAAACCUCACUGGGCGCUGCUGGUUUUUCAAGGUGUUAACCAUAUUAACAAGUCGCCGUAAUUGGCAUCAGUGCUGUCCACACAUCCGGGACCGUACUUCCGUUCUUCACAAUAAAAUGUAAAAUGAUAUGCUAACAAAUUA